AUGACCGGACCAAAAUUAAUAGGACGUAUAACCUGUUUGACCGACCGUUUUUCCAGGUCUAAGAGCAUCAAUAAUGAUGAUCUAAUUCAAGGAAAUGAUCAAGAUGAUCAAUAUGGUGAAGAUGGAGGAUAUUCUGUUCAUCAUGUUGAUGCUAGUCUUUACACCCAACCAUCAUUUCAAGAUCUAGUUUCACAAUUUGGUUCAUCACCGAGCUUCACUCAAUUGGUUCAACCAUCUCAACAACUACCUAAUAAUAAUGAUGAAGUCCCUAUACCUUCAAAGAAAAGUUGGGAUUUGAUUGAAGAUAUUGCUCUCAUAUAUUCAGUCAUGAACACAAAUACAGAUCCAAUUGUGAGCACCAACCAAAAGAUAAGAGUGAGGUGGCAGAAAGUUAAGGAAGCUUAUGAAGCAGUGAGGAUGGAACGACCCCAUCUGAUCCCACAAAGAACCGCCGACAUGCUUAAAUGUCGUUGGGGUAGAGUUGCUCCAGCAUGUUUGAAGUGGUCUGGAAGUUAUGAUGAGGCUCUUAGGAGGAAGAAGAGUGGCACGACAGACGAAGAUGUGCUUAAAGAAGCGCAUUUAAUCCAUCAAAGAAAACACGGUAACUUUAACUUGAUUCAACAAUGGAAAAUUUUAAGAAAGUAUAACAAGUGGAAGCAAGUGGAAGUUGAUAUGAUGGUUCAACUUGGACAAUACCUUCAGAAUUACAAUCGUCAGUAG